AGAGGGCGCGCGCGGCUGAGAGCGUGUGGAGAUGCGGGCUGCAGUUCGGAUGUCUGUGUGGCGGGGAGGGGGCGGCGGCCGGGAGAAACGACUCCGCCCCCUGUGCGCAUGCUCGGGCCCCGGCGGGUUAUAAGGCAGCCUCGCCGGCCAGACCAGACAAAGUGGUGAGCUGCUACGUGACUGGAUGGCUGCGUAGGUGCUGGAACAAGUAAACGAGGCAGCCAGCGAAGGACGGCAGUCGGACCCUGGGCCGCGUGGAACUCCAGCCCGCGCCACCACGUCACGCACACGCUCGGCGCUGCGAUCCGCGCUUAUAACGAUAUUUGUAUUUGACUUGCGUUUUGGAAUUUAUCUACACUUAAAAUGCCACCAGCAGUUGGAGGUCCAGUUGGAUACACCCCCCCAGAUGGAGGCUGGGGCUGGGCAGUGGUAAUUGGAGCUUUCAUUUCCAUCGGCUUCUCUUAUGCAUUUCCCAAAUCUAUUACUGUCUUCUUCAAAGAGAUUGAAAGUAUAUUCCAUGCCACCACCAGCGAAGUGUCAUGGAUAUCCUCCAUAAUGUUGGCUGUCAUGUAUGGUGGAGGUCCUAUCAGCAGUAUCCUGGUGAAUAAAUAUGGAAGUCGUAUAGUCAUGAUUAUUGGUGGCUGCUUGUCAGGCUGUGGCCUGAUUGCAGCUUCUUUCUGUAACACUGUACAGGAACUGUACUUCUGUAUUGGAUUCGUUGGAGGUCUUGGGCUUGCCUUCAACUUGAAUCCAGCUCUAACCAUGAUUGGCAAGUAUUUCUACAAAAGGCGACCAUUGGCCAACGGACUGGCCAUGGCAGGCAGCCCUGUGUUCCUCUGUACUCUGGCCCCCCUCAAUCAGGUUUUCUUUGGUAUCUUUGGAUGGAGAGGAAGCUUUCUAAUUCUUGGAGGCUUGCUACUAAACUGCUGUGUCGCUGGAGCCCUCAUGCGACCAAUCGGGCCCAAACCAACCAAGGCAGGGAAAGAUAAGUCUAAAGCAUCCCUUCAGAAAGCUGAAAAAUCUGGUGUAAAAAAAGGUCUGCAUGAUGCAAAUACGGAUCUUAUUGGAAGACACCCUAAACGGGAGAAACGAUCAGUCUUCCAAACAAUUAAUCAGUUCCUGGACUUAACCCUAUUCACCCACAGAGGCUUUUUGCUAUACCUCUCUGGAAAUGUGAUCAUGUUUUUUGGACUCUUUGCACCUUUAGUGUUUCUUAGUAGUUAUGGGAAGAGUCAGCAUUAUUCUAGUGAGAAGUCUGCCUUCCUUCUUUCCAUUCUGGCUUUUGUUGACAUGGUAGCCAGACCAUCUAUGGGACUUGUAGCCAACACAAAGCCAAUAAGACCUCGAAUUCAGUAUUUCUUUGCGGCUUCUAUUGUUGCAAAUGGAGUGUGUCAUAUGCUAGCACCUUUAUCCACUACCUAUGUUGGAUUCUGUGUCUAUGCGGGAUUCUUUGGAUUUGCCUUUGGGUGGCUCAGCUCCGUAUUGUUUGAAACACUGAUGGACCUUGUUGGACCCCAGAGGUUCUCCAGCGCUGUGGGAUUGGUGACCAUUGUGGAAUGCUGUCCUGUCCUCCUGGGGCCACCACUUUUAGGUCGGCUCAGUGACAUGUAUGGAGACUACAAAUACACAUACUGGGCAUGUGGCAUCGUCCUAAUUAUUUCCGGUAUCUAUCUCUUCAUUGGCAUGGGCAUCAAUUAUCGACUUUUGGCAAAAGAACAGAAAGCAAACGAGCAGAAAAAGGAAAGUAAAGAGGAAGAGACCAGUAUAGAUGUUGCUGGAAAGCCAAAGGAAGUUACCAAAGCAGCAGAAUCUCCGGACCAGAAAGACACAGAAGAAGGGCCCAAGGAGGAGGACAGUCCAGUCUGAAUCCAUGGGGCUGAAGGGUAAAAUUGAGCAGUUGAUGACCCAGGAUAUCUGAAAAUAUUCUACUGGCCUGUAAUCCACCAGUGGUGCUCAAUGCAAAUAGUAGACAUUUGUGUGGAAAUCAUACCAGUUGUUCAUUGGUGGGAUUUUUGUUUGACUCCUUACCAAUAGCCUGAAUUUAAAAUGACAUAUGCUUUGAGGAGGGAGUGAUUGGUAGCAAAAGAUGCGGGAAAGAAGUAGGUUUGGUUUUGUUUUGUUUUAAUCUUCGCUUUUAAUAGUGUCAUAAAGAUUAUAAUAUGUGCCUUAAGUUUUAGUCAUUAGAACUCUAGAGAGCCUUAACUUCUUAAACCAUUUUUGCUGAAUUCAUCUAUUUCGAGUGUUGUGUUAAAAGGAAAAAUAACAACUAGCUUGUUUGAGGCAAAUCCAAAAUUUAAAAUUAAUCUUGCUUCAUUGUUACAUGUAAUAUAUUUCAGACAUUUUCACUGGAAGAUUUGUGAACAGAAAUAUUGGUUGAAAAUUAGAGAUUUUAUAAAAUGCUGACAAAUAUUUUCCUAGCAUCAGUAGAUUUCUGGCAUAUGUUUCUGCUAGCUACAUAUUUAGGAAAUUCAAAGCAUAAAACUUUGGCAACAUCUUGGCUGUUCUAGACACAGUGUACUUGUCAACCCCUCUCAGGUACCUUUUCUUGGGAUGCUUAUUAGAAGCCAAGUGCAGUGCUUAAGGUUUGUUUUCAUUAAAUUAGCUAUUUUUGCUCCCCUGUUCAAAGAUGCAUUUUGAGUGUUUAUAGAUCACUGCCCUUUUUGAAAUCACCUGGUAUUAUUUUUCUCACUGGAAAAGUUAGUACUGAAAUCUACAAAACUACAUAUUUGUGCCUCCUUGGUAAAUACAACACACCUAAUUAAAUGUAGACAGAUAUUUCAAAUAUCAGCUGAAUUCACUUAAGUUUUUCCAAAACCUCAGUUAAACUGUGAAGCUAUUGGAAUUUUUUUUUCCUGGAAUUUUUCCCCUUUGAUUCACAGUGGUCCCAUUUAUAUCUGCUUCCAGCUUAGUGCUAUGCAUAAGAUAUGUGUGUGUUUGGUGUUUCAUUGUGCUGUUUUUUUUUGUUUUUUUGUUUUUUUGUUUUAAUUUUAUUUUUUAAUGUUUGCAAAUUAAAAAGGGCCAGAAAAAUUUGGCACCAGACAAACGAAUAAAGAUAGGAUUGGGAAAGAAGUUGCUAAGUGUGCUUAGUUUUAAUAAGUAAUUCUUUCUCUUUUUUCAGAGAAGGCCUUACAGAAAAUCGUUGUUGAAUUGUUGGAUGCAUUCUUACUCUCCACACAAACCUAGAAAUUUUGUGACCCCUUUCACUUACCUGAAAAUUAGAGAAAUUGAUUCAGUAUAAGGAUAAGGAGGGAAGGUGGACCAGAAUGAAAACUGUAAAUAUUUUUUUAACCUAAUAUCACUUAAAUCGAGGCAGAAAGAUAUAGAUAUUCAAUGAAUUAUAUUCAAUGCAUUUAAAAUACCACUGUAAUUGACAGAGUUAAAAGCAUAGAUACAAAACCUUGUGUAAGAGGCUGACUUUUCCAAAUAAACAUUUUUUUAGAAAAUA